GUGUGACAAACCAUUGGUGUUAUUAACGACGUUUUGAAAUCGGAAACACAACAUGGACCCACUUAAACGAUACCAACCCAACUUCAGCACAUUAAUUUUCGAGCAUUCUUGGAAUUUACUUCUAUUUUUGGUAUCAAUCAUUCUCUGCCGGCUCGAUUGGUUAUGUCUAGUUGCGUGUACGGUGACUCUGAGAUCGAUUGGCUCUGCGUAGACAGAGGCCCUGAUUCUGAUAGCUUGUAUCACGUUGGGUCCGAAAUCUUCGUUUCUUCCUCCCCCCUGUGUCGUCGCUGACAAUGGCGGACGAAGAGCUGGAGGCUAUCCGGCGGCAGCGUAUGGCCGAGCUGCAAGCCAAACAUGGGGUGGCGUGGGAUCGGCCGGACUCGGAAUCUGCAAAUGGCCAAGGGCAGGAGGAGGCUAAGCAGAGAGAAAAUGACAUGAGAAACACAAUCUUGGCUCAAGUCUUGGAUCAAUCUGCCCGUGCCAGAUUGAGCAACCUAGCUCUAGUGAAGCCAGAAAAGGCAAAAGCUGUGGAAAAUUACCUCAUUCAGAUGGCACGUUUCGGCCAGCUUGGUGGGAAGAUUUCAGAGUCGGGGUUGAUAGAGAUCCUUGAGAAGGUCAGUCAGCAGACAGAGAAGAAGACAACAGUCAAGUUCAACAGACGACGAGUGAUGGACUCGGACGAAGAGGAUGAAGACUGACAGGGGAGCAGGGAAUGACGGGGGUGGAGUAGGGAGGUGGCCACCGGUUGCGUCUGAGGUUACGCUGUCCAGAAUCGGCUGUUUGCAUGAGGAAUACAUCCUGCGAGACACGACUCCUUUACCCCUGUGGGAGUAUGAACUCCUUACUCAUUUAUCUUUAGUAUUUUUCCCCUCUAAUUUCUGUGUUUAUUUUUCUCUCUUUGGCAUUUGAAGUGAAGCAAAUGCGGUGUGUAGUGUGUGACUGUUGCUACAUUUUUAUAAGGAGUUCCAAUUAAGCUGGGUCCUCGUUUUUGGCAAAUGCAUUUUUGAUUUUUCCCUUGCUGAAUGGUCCUGUGAGCCGUUUCCAUCAAUUGAAGGCCUUGAUCUUAGGAAUCUGGCCGCUUGGUGCUUCUCCCACAGGUGCAGCCCUGCAAAUUAGGGCUCUGGAUAGUUUCAGGUGGAGACACACACACUAUGGCUGAUCUCUUGCCUAUAAACUGAGACAUUGCAAGAUCAUUCUGCCAGCUGGGACACUGAGUAAUUGGGUAGUGUGGUGCUGUGGAGGAGGCUUAUUGGUCAAACUGUAGUGGACUGCAAAGUAUUGGGCACCUUUUUUCAUUGUAAUUUUUUUGUUUUUCAAAUGCCUUCACUGCAGAUGCCUAUUUCAGCUUCAUAUUGGUCCAUGCUUAUGUUUCAAACGGUAAAACCCAUCUAAACAAUACAGACCCUGAAGACUCUGUUUUCCUGUCAAUGCCAACUUUGAAAUAAAUUUAAUUUUGUUUAAAAA